AUGAGCUCACCAAGACUUUCUCUGGUUGGAAAGAAUCUCAAGAUGAGUGGGGAUGUAGCCGACUCCACGGACGCUCGCGGCACGCUCAGCCAGGUGGAGCCAGGAAAUGAUCGAAACGGCCUAGAUUUCAACAGGCAGAUUAAAACAGAGGACCUCAGUGACUCCCUGCAGCAGACCCUCUCGCACCGGCCAUGCCACCUGAGUCAAGGACCUGCCAUGAUGUCCGGAAACCAAAUGUCUGGGGUAACAGUGUCCCCAGCUUAUAAACUGUGUGACGUGUGCCCGUCUCCCCGUGUGCAGGACAUGGCUUCCCUCCACCCGCUCCAGCAGCUUGUGCUGGUUCCCGGCCACCUGCAGUCCGUGUCCCAGUUCCUGCUCUCUCAGACCCAGCCUGGGCAGCAAGGUCUGCAGCCAAAUCUUCUCCCCUUUCCACAGCAACAAAGCAGCCUCCUCCUCCCCCCGCAGACUGGGCCCGGCCUUGCAUCCCAGGCUGUUGGGCGCCCCGGGCUGCCAGGCUCCUCCUUAGAACCCCACCUGGAAGCCUCCCAGCACCUCCCAGUGCCCAAGCACCUGCCCACCUCUGCGGGGCCCGACGAGCCCAGUGACCUGGAGGAGCUGGAGAGGUUCGCCAAGACCUUCAAGCAAAGGCGCAUUAAGCUGGGCUUCACACAGGGAGACGUGGGGCUGGCCAUGGGAAAGCUGUAUGGCAAUGACUUCAGCCAGACAACCAUCUCGCGCUUUGAGGCCCUCAAUCUGAGCUUCAAGAACAUGUGCAAGCUCAAGCCACUGCUGGAGAAGUGGCUGAACGACGCAGAGUCCUCUCCAUCAGACCCCUCGGUGAGCACGCCCAGCUCCUACCCCACUCUCAGCGAAGUCUUCGGGAGGAAGAGGAAGAAACGGACCAGCAUCGAGACCAACAUCCGCCUGACCCUGGAGAAGAGAUUUCAAGAUAACCCCAAACCCAGCUCAGAAGAGAUCUCCAUGAUUGCUGAGCAGCUGUCCAUGGAGAAGGAGGUGGUGAGGGUCUGGUUUUGCAACCGGCGUCAAAAGGAGAAGCGGAUCAACUGCCCUGUGGCCACACCCAUCAAACCACCCAUCUACAACUCCCGGCUGGUCUCUCCCUCGGGGUCUCUGGGACCCCUCUCGGUCCCUCCUGUGCACAGCACCAUGGCGGGAACAGUAACGUCAUCCUGUUCCCCUGGGAACAACAGCAGGCCUUCGUCUCCUGGCUCAGGACUCCACGCCAACAGCCCCACUGCAUCUCAAAAUAACUCCAAAGCAGCAGUGACCUCCUCCUCCAGCUUUAACUCUUCAGGAUCUUGGUACCGAUGGAAUCACCCCACCUACCUCCACUGAGACCAGAACCGCCUCUCCCUCCUCCACCUGGCCCUGUGCUCCCCGCCAGAGGGAGGGGAGCCGUGCUGUCUCCGUAUGGACAGGUCACUUUCAGAAGAGUGGAAGAAGAGCCCACCGUCAAUGAACCCAAACUCUUGCCUUCUUCAGAGCAAAGGUCUCUGGAGAUCCAAACUGUGAUGGAACCCUGUGCUGAUGCCUAAUGCUCUUGAGACACACACCCUCCUAGGAGUUUGCCAUUGCCACCUUCCCUGCCUAGCCCUCACCUUCUAGCCCUAAAUUCUCUAGACAGCUACACUGCGGCAGGAAUCUUCCGGAGAAAGGACUUCUUGCCAUUCUUCUCCAACUCUCCUGUGGGCUUCUGGGGACAGCCGUUUGCCUGGUGAGCCACAUUCCCAGGAGGGGAGACGAUGGUUUGACUCUGAACUUAGCCACGGUCCCGGACUGAUCCCACAGCCCGUAAGAAGAAUGGUAUCUGAUGUACCCACCAUGCCUUGAUGUUUUCUCUGUUCAGCA